ACCACGCCUCUUUAGGCGGGAAUUAACAAUAAUGGCGCGUAAAGCUGGCCUCUCUUCUUCAUCUCAUAGUCAUAAUGGCGUUUCCUCUUCUCCUAAAAAGACAAGAAAGCGGCCACAGUGUCCCCGGGGACAGAGCCAGUCCUGCCAUCAGUGUAGACAGUCAAUCUUUAGCUUAAAAGGAGCCAGUGAAAUUAAAACAGGACAAAAAAGAAUUAAAUGCAGCAAGUGCACCAGAUACUGGUGUGAGAAGUGUUUAAGUAAUCGUUAUGGAUUGGAGCGGCUGUCACUGAGUGUCACCAGCUGGCUAUGUCCUGUCUGCUCCGGUAAUUGUAACUGUUCGCUGUGCAGGAAGAAGAGCGGCAAGUUGGCGACAGGUGUAUUGAUUCCCCUUGUAAAGACAGCUGGUUUUACUAACGUCUCUGAGUUCCUUCAAAAAGGAACUGAUGAUGUUGCCAAAUGUCUCCAAUGGCAAUCACCAAUUAACCAUACCAUGAGCACUGAAAUACAAGCUACACAUAAUUCAUCAAAGAAGAGGAAAUAUUCAAAAAAAGAAGACAAAGAGUAUAAGCCGCCUUCCUCCAGGUCGCAACCUAAACCGGAGCAGCUGCCACACAAAGAACACUGCGUCAUUAGUCAUACUAAUUAUUCAAUAACUAUGAAUAUUGAUGAGGCAGGGAGAGAGACAGUAGAAGAAGAGACUGAUGAUAAAGAAAAUUUUGAUGUCCACCAAAUCUCAUUUGAGGGUAAUUCUGUUCCUUCUGAAGCCACGCCUACCCGUUGCCUUAGAAACCGUACACUAUUCACACCUUGUGAGACGUCAAGAAAGCUCCUCUCUCCGAAGAGAUCAAGAAGACAGAAGCCGGUACCAAAAAGAGUCGUACGUGUACAACAAGAUGAAGAGAAGUUACCACUAGAUGAUGACAUUCUUAAAAAAGAAGAGAAACUGAGAGAGAUAAAGGAAAAGAAAGAAAUGGCGGUCAGAGAACGGAAAGCAAAGAAAUUGGAGGAAAAGAGAGAGAGACAAAAGACGCUAAGAGAAGAAGCUUUACGAAAGAGAGAAGAGAAGAAGAAAGUGCUACAGGAGGCCAUGGCUAAGAAGAGAGAGGAGAAGCAACUCAAACUUGAUAAAAUAAGGAAAGCUAAGCUGUUACUCAAAGAAGCUAAGCAGCAACAGAUCAGGCAGAUGGAGGAAUUGAGGGAAGCCAUGAGAAAGAGAAAGGAAGAGGAGAGAAAUAAGAAACUAGUUCUAGUACGUCCUAUCACUCUCCCUUCCCUCCCCUCGACUGUUGUAGGGGAACAACCUGUCCUACCCCUUCCCUCUUACCCUCCUCUUGAGUUGGGUGUAGCUGGGAAGUAUGUAUCUUCGCUUAUUUUUGUGGCUGAGUUUUUAAACACUUUUAAGGAAAUACUUGGAACCAGUGACAGUAUUAAUUUAGAUUCAUUUUGUACAAUGUUAAGGAAAAGAGUUUAUCCAGCGAACAUGUUUGAUGCGUUAUUGACGCUCAUCAGUUCUGACAGAGAAGGGGAGAGUGCAGCUGAUUUCAAGAAAGAAUGGACUACUACUACUGCUGAAGAAUAUGCUAAGAGAAUGAUCAUGUCUAGUAGCGAGAAUGACAUGUUAAAUUUAUCGUUUGAUGUGCUAGAGUCAAGAAUACAGUUACUCCAUUACUUGUGUACACUAGCAUUGGACACAUCUGAUGUCAUUGAUGCCAUUAAGAGAGGAAGUGAGAGACACAAUGAGGAGAAAAGAGCUUUCAGAAACAAGAAAAACGAGUUAAUCCAGAAAAGCAUGGAGACUUUAAAGUCGUUAUCAGAAGGCGGAGCCAGUAUUGAUGAGCUUGCACUAAAGAGGGAGGAGUUUACUAAAGAACUGCAGGAACUUCAUCAAGUUCAUAAUCCAGUCUGCAGUUCAACAGUGAGACACGAGCCACUAGGAACUGAUAGACACGAUAGACUAUACUGGAGCAUUAGUACAUUAACUCAUGUCAUAUUAGUAGAGGAUAGAGAGGGUGGGGUGUGGUCAGUUAUUAAUAUUAAUAACCAGCUAUUGCAGCAAGUAUUGAAUUCAUUGGAUUUAUCUGACAAGAGAGAGUCUUUAUUACAAGCUAAAUUAUAUAAGAUUAUAUCAAGCAACGAAACGAAAAUGAAACCGACUUAAGGACAAACUUAUCACACAAAGAAAAUUAUUUAUUGUUAAUGUAAAAUAUUAUUGAUUAUUAUUUUUGAAUUAUUAUUAUUAUUAUUAUUAUUGUUGUUGCUAUGCUCUUGACUUAUGUUGUUCAUUAAAAGUGUAUGGUUUCUAGUUUUUGAAAUUAAGCACUGCAGCAUAAUAAUUUAUUAAUGUUGUUAAAAGUUAUAGUGAUAUAAAGAAA